AUGGGACUCGACUGUGCAGCCGUGCUGCUGAUCGUGUUGCCGUUUCCUCACGGCUCUUCGAUAGUCUUAUACAUAUGCACAAGCGAGCUGAACGAUGGGAAGCAGCAGCUUAACAAUUUGCAACUUGUUUCGGGCGGCUGGCAGGGGCGCUCAUGGACCUGGAGUGUCCAACGAAGCUUGGAAUCCAAGACGAGCUCAUGCCUGCUUGGCAUUCGUUAUUUUAUUUCCUUGUCCGUUUGGUGCACUGCCUGGGAGCAAUGGAUGGAUUUGGAGCAGAUGUCUGAUUUGACAAAGCACGAGGACGUAUACAUGACCGAAAGGCUUGGAAGCCUGGAACCGGAGCAAUCUCGUCGGGAGAUGUGGUCCGUCGAGUUGUUUCGCAGACUACGGGGCUGGAUGUCCGACACUUGUGAAGUUGUCGCCUGUCCCGCUCGACUCAUGCAAGUAUGGGGUCACCUCGUUACGAUUUGCUUCUAUGUUGGUGACCCUGCAUUUGUCGAUGAAGUUCUGCUGCGCCCACAGCAACCUUUAGAGACAUCUCCAGUUGUGGAAGCUUUGCAACAGUUUCUGGACCAUGAAAUAAAUUCUUGCUCGAGCGCUCUUUUAGACCGCCUACAUUUCUACGCUUUGACCAGACAAACGGCCCGAAGAUGGUUCGACGCAGCUGAUGGGACUCGACUUUGCAGCCGUGCUGCUGAUCGUGUUGCCGUUUCCUCACGGCUCUUCGAGUUGAUGAGAUCGCUGCUUCUAAUGUCUGAUGGGACGACCAAAAGUUGCAAAGGUCCCUCGGGUGGCCGGGCCAUGGUCUGCACGAAGGAUUGCAAAGUUCCAGACGCGGACUGGGUUCAGGUCAACAUGGACAUGGCACAACAGUUUCUUGCCAGUCAGAUGAUCUGGCCGGACUGUGCGCACUGGAUGGCACCGCUGGAAUACGAGCCGGGUGGAGUUUGGGGGAAUCUGCUGAGGCAUGCUCUUCACCAAACCGGCAACCGCGAAAAGCAUGCUUCCGCUCCAGCCGGCUGCACCGGCGGCGUUGCCCUCACGGGCCUCGCCAGCGCGGGCAUCGCGGCGAAGGUUUGCCGGCGAGCACAGAAAGGAGGAGGCCCAAGCGGGCCGGUCCUGAGAGAAAAGAAGCGUGCACGAAAGGAUGCGCGGGAGCGCCGCUUAGAACAGUUUCGAACGCCCUACGUGGCGAACCGAAACGAGCCGCCGCCCCUCUCGGCGAGGGGUUCGCCGAAGACCGGAGCUUGGGAGAAGGGCGCACCAGAGAUGGAGUCGAUGCGGCAGGGCCAGUUCCGAUCUCCCUGGACGAACCAGGUCUACGACCGCUGGGCCCCGGAAGAUAACAAGCAGCUGAAGACCGACCGGCAGGGCGGCCUCGCGCGAGCCAGAGCUUUCCAGACCCCAACGCAGCGGCAAAUCCAAACCGCUGUGGAAGAGCGGGAGGCCGACAACACGCCGGAGUGGAAGAAGUUCUAUCCAGGCCUUGCGCCGGUAUACACACUGCCAAAGAACCAGCGCAUGACGGGUGCCCAAACGAACGUUUUCGAGAGGCACGCCUUCCGAGCGGGGAACUUCGGCGACAUUUUCAAGCAGACGAUCGUGCAAACGGUGGUCGACUUGAAAGUGAACAAAAAGGACGCCGCCUCACCGGUUUGGUACGUCGAGCCUUGCGGUGGGGAAGGCGAAUACCAUGUCCAGCGCAUGCGAAGUGAGAUGGACGAUCGCAAGCCGAUGAAGUGGCCCACGGCUGAGGACCUCUACUCCGUUCUGGAGAAGGAGGACCUGACAUACAUGCCCAUGGAGGUCAAGGGAUGGAUGGACUCGGUGAAGCUGCUGAACUUCAAUGAGAGCAUGGACUGGGAGGUGAAAGGCGAAGGAGCCAUGGAAGCCGAGGAACAGCAAGGCAUUCAGUGGCUUCCAAGCUCGACCUUAGUGGCUGCACGGCUUCUUAGAAAGCAAGAUCCCGUCACCAUCUGGGAGGACAAUCGCGCGGCCUUCGCAGCCAUGUUCAACUUCGUGCGGAACUGGAGUUCGCAGUUAGACCCGCACAUCGAGCUCAUCUUCAAGGACGGCCUGAAGCACACGCACCGGCGCUGGGUGCAGCGGAGACCGGGUUCCAUCUCAGAAGCGUUCGGAAAGCAGAAGGGCCAGCGUGGUGUGGUCUUCAUCGAUCCGGACUACACGAGGGGAGGUGAAGCUGAGCGCUGCCACGCCAUUGUGGUGGACCUCUGGAAGCAUUGGCGCUCGGCGACGGUGAUGGUGACGUACCCAAUAGGCCCCAAGUAUGAGAAGAAAGCGCGAGACUUCAAUCGAAAGCUUCGCCAGGCGGACAAGACGCUUGACUUGCUCACCAUCGAGGCCUAUGUUGAGAACAAGGACUGGCACGAGAACAGCGAGGAGGAUAAGUGGCGUGGUUAUGGCGUCCUGAUCUCGCAAGCGCCAGGAACGACGGCCGAGAGAGCUCAGGCAGCGCUAAAGGUGAUUUGCGAUGCGCUGUCGACGAUGCCCGAAGCGCAUCCGAUGCACAUCCGCAUCGAACGGCUUUGA